CAUACAGAAAGCGCCCCAAUUAGCGACAGUGCUCACUGCACAUUCACAAUGGCGUCAACAGCAAAGCAUAUCCAACUUGCGCAGGCGCUUCCUCCGAGGCUGACCAGAUUUUUCGCCCGUUACCCCCCAGCGGCCAUUCUUCCCGCCCAAAGCGAAUCUUCACAAGCUCCAAUCACCGGGGAAUCUACACAAGAAGCGGCGCCAUCUCCUUUCAAGGCUCACAAGCACCCGGAAACGGGCAAAUGGCACGAUCCAGUCUUCUCGUUACGGAGGCAGGCCGACCUGGUGAAGCUGGCGCAGCGCCAUGGGGUUGAGGAUUUGAUGCCAUUCAGCGUGAAGAGCUCUGCCGAGAGAUUGAGGAGAAGAGAGGAGAAUGGACUGCGUGUUAAGGGAACCGGUGUUGGAGAACGUGUCAAGGGUAAAGAGAGCGAGAGGCAGAUGAAGGGACGAUUGGAGAAGAGAAGACAGGCAAUGUUGGAUAUGCCUCAACUCAUUCAAACCUGGAAAGAGAGAGGACAUGGCCGUGGAUGGAAGAAGUGGCCGAAAUAAGCUACGUGUAUAUCAAACUGAGGGAGUGGAAAUUGUACGAUAUGUUUGUCGUACCCUGUUGGGUGCUCAUAGCAAGGAGGAUGGCGUUCACAAUAUUUGUCAACUGAGCUUCAAUGCUUGGAUGUGUAGUACAUAUCUGUAUCAAAUUCUAAAUAGAAUGCAUGUUACCGCACCACACUCAUGAUGGCC